AUGGAUGGACAACUUUUAGCUUUAAUGGCUCAAACCGUGGCUGUUUUAGCAAUGAUUAUGAUGCAUUUGUGGUUUGAGCCUACAGAUGUGAAUGAAAUGAAAGAUAAUGGAGUGGAUUCAGAUGGCAACAAAGAUAGCAAUUCUAGCAGAGAUAGUAAUGAAUCAACGGAUAACAGAGUGAAUGAAGAAGAUAUUGAUGAAUGCAAAGAUGAAAGACGGAAGAGAAUUUACAUGGAAGAAAUAUGGGAAAUGAUUAGGGAACAGAAAAAUAUCAAAGGAAUGAAAGAUAUGAAUAAAAAAUUGGAAAUGAAAUUGAAGGAUGCACGUGAAAUGAAACUUUUACGUAAGAUUACUACAAAUUCUGAACGACAAAUGGCAGCUAUUUGUAAGGGUGCACAAAAUCAAUGGUUUGGUGUAAUUGAAGCUUGCAAGCAUAGUAUUUAUGUGAAUAAUGUAUAG